CAACUGAAAGUACAGAUAAUUCCCUCACAUUUACGAAUCCUGCAACUGCUGUUGAAAAACUGCCAGUCUCUGAAACUAUUCAAGAACACAAGCCAUAUAUACUCAAGACAAGGCAGUCUACAUUAAGUCGUGAAAAGUUGAAACCCCAAAACACACAUUCCCAACUAUUUCCCGUAAGGUCGAGACCUAAAAUGCAAUUAUUGCAAUCUAGAUCAGCUGAAAAACCGGAUGUAGAUAACAAAAGUAAUUCAGGCAGUACCGUUCUAUCAGAAACUAGCAAAGGCUCGCUCCUAUCUGAACCAACCACCCCUGGAUUCUUGAGAAAAUCAUUGAGGAGAAAACCGAAUCCCAUCAUAUCAACUGAAGCGCCAAAAGUUCCAGGGAUUCAAACAAGAAGAAACCUGCUGCUUAGGAGCCAACCCCUUAAAACAGAGACUACCCAAGAAUCUGACAUUGAACCGACAACAUAUCAUCCACCACUAGGUUCGCAUUUGUUUAAUAAUAGAGUCGAAUUAACGCACGUCAAUGAAUCAAAACAGGAUCAGCCAAAAGAAACUGACGCGAAUAAUCAACAAAGGUCGUUAAAAAAUAUUGACAAAGUUCUGAACAAAACUUUCGAAUAUCAGCGGGGGCUUGCGGAAGAAGUGUUCCAACGUCAAGCUCAGAAUGCAAAGUAUCAAUUUUCCAGUAACAUUGACGAUGGAAUCAAUGGCAACUUACACCAAAGAAUUGAAGUUCGGGAUGGUUUAAGUGUAAAUGGAAGAUACAGCUAUAGUGACGGCUACCACAAGCGAACAGUGUUUUACGAAGCUGACGACAAAGGAUACCGAGUUGUAAAGGAAGAAAUUGAACCUAUUCAAAACCCACUAGGAAUUCCAGACGGACAUGCCAAAGUCAGCUCUUAUAUUGCUGGAAAAACAGUUAAAUAUGAAAUAAACAAAAACGAUGGCAGAGACAAAAUAAAAAUAAGGUUUAAACAAGUAGAAGAGGACUGAUGGGACAAUUAUGAAAUAAAUAAUGCAAACAAUUUAAAGUGUCUUUGUAUAAAAAGUAACUACAAUUUUGUUUAGACCCCAUUCGCACACGCAGCACCUUUAGAAGAAAAUACAAAAAAAUAGUUCUUUAACCUUGUGGCGAACAGCAAGCACAACCUGUUGACGCUUCGAAUCAGUAUAAAUAUGAAGCAAACUACGUCUUUUGUGUCUUUUGGCCCUCCAGUAGCGUUUAAUUUUUAAAGCAGCGAAAUGGCAAUAACAUCAUAAACAAUCAAAUAGCAGUUUAAUGACAAUGAACAGUGAAGGCGCCAAACAAUUAUCAUCAGAGUAUUUAUAAACUCAAUUAUUUCUGCAAAUGAAAAUUUAAAGCCGAAGUAACUUGCUUCCAUAACGCAUUCUUAAAUGUUUAUAAAUUCUAACUAACGCGUGAGAUUAAUCAAUCCAAUAUAAUAGUAUCAGCAAUUUAAAACAUUUAUCCAGUUUAAGUUGGUUUGAAUUUGUAAACUAAAAAUGAUUUUGUUAUUGCGAGCAUGCCCUGUUCGCUAAUUUAUAUAUUUUACUCGCGACUUUUACUCUACAAAACGUUUCAUAAUUAACUUUGCAAUUCUCCAGAAAGUGAGAAAAUUAAGGACAACACUCUGCGCCUCUGGUGAUGUUGAUUGAACAGGUUCUUUAAUCAGUUUCGAUUUACGAGAACCCAGAAUAUCUUUGACAACUUAGCUUCAACGGAUCAGUGUUUCUGUUUCCGCUUUAUCAACAAAAUGUUUGUAAACAGGAAAAUUAUACAAUAUUAAAGUGAAUAAAUAAUGUGUGAAAUUUUGCAUUAUUUCAAAGUUUAUCCAGUGCUAUCAAUGAGGAAGUUUAACUCUUCACG